CUUCAUCUUCUCCAUGGCUUUUUUCAAUGCAAGGAAUAGCAAAAACUUUUUAAUGGCUGUCGCUUUCCUUUUACUUGGAAUUUUCAUGUCCGGCUUGGAGUUCACAGGUGCACAAUCCGUGGGCGUUUGCUAUGGAAGAAUCGGUGACAAUUUGCCAAGUGAACAGCAAGUAGUAGAUCUUUAUAGGAACAAUGGCAUUGGAAAGAUGAGAAUCUAUGAUCCAAAUCAAGCAACUCUCGAAGCCCUUGGAAAUUUUCCAGACAUAGAACUCAUCCUUGGUGUCCCUAACGAGGACAUUCAGGCCCUUGCUACUGAUGCCUCGGUUGCAGCCAAUUGGGUCCAAGGAAACAUACUUUCCCACCCACCAAUGGUCAAUAUUCGUUACAUCUCUGUUGGAAACGAAAUAAGACCAGAAGAUUCAGCUGCUCAAUUUCUUCUCCCUGCAAUGCAAAACAUUUAUAAUGCUUUGGCGUCAGCAAAUAGUGCAAUACUACUCCAACUUAAGGUUACUACUUCAGUGGAUGCGACUUUGUUAGGCAGUUCUUAUCCUCCUUCGGCAGGCUCAUUCAGUGACAGUGCAAGUUCAUACAUAAUCCCCAUCAUUCAAUUCCUAGCAGACAAAGGGGCACCUUUACUUGCCAACAUCUACCCUUAUUUUAGCUACAUUGGUGACCCUGUAAACAUUGAUCUUAGCUAUGCCUUAUUUACGUCGCCAGGAGUUGUGGUUCAGGACGGCGCAUAUGGGUACCAAAACCUGUUUGAUGCAAUAUUGGAUGCUUUUUAUUCUGCCAUUGAGAAAGUUGGUGUAACCAAUAUGGAAGUGAUAGUAUCCGAAACUGGUUGGCCAUCAGAUGGAGGCACCGCGGCAACUAUUGAAAAUGCAAGCACAUAUUACCAGAAUGUGAUCAAUCAUGUGAAGAAUAAUGGGACCCCAAAGAAGUCUGGAACACUAAUACAAGCUUAUCUGUUUGCAAUGUUUGAUGAAGAUCAAAAGGGUCCUGCUGAAACAGAGCGCCAUUUUGGCCUCUUUUCCCCUAAUAUGCAGCCAAAGUAUCCAAUAAGUUUCUAA